AUGCGGCGCCCGGUCCCACGUCGGAGUGAUGGAGCGCCUGACCCCGGGGUCAGCCAGUCAGCGGACCGCAGCUCAACAGGUCAGCCGCUAACCUCACCUCACGUCUCCUCGCAGGGGCUGCGGCGCGGCGGGGGCGAGAACGGGCUGCCGCGGCGACUGCGCACCGCCUACACCAACACGCAGCUGCUGGAGCUGGAGAAGGAGUUCCACUUCAACAAGUACCUGUGCCGGCCGCGGCGCAUCGAGAUAGCCGCCUCGCUGGACCUCACGGAGCGGCAGGUGAAGGUGUGGUUCCAGAACCGCCGCAUGAAACACAAGCGGCAGACGCUCAGCAAGGCGGGCGGCGGCGCCGGAGGCGACAGCCCGCCCCCCGUGACCGCCGCCUCCGGGGGCGGCACGGGCACGGCCAGCUCGGGGGCGAGCAGCGUGUCCAGCUCCAUCAGCAGCGCCUUCGACAAGAUGGCCACCGAGGACGACUCGCGCUCCACCGGGUCGCCACCCGGCGGGCCGCACCAGCAGCACGCGGCGGUGAAGCAGGAGUCGGCAGCCGCCGCGGGCAAGACGCCCCCGCCGCCCACGUCGCUGCUGGUGUCCACCAAGCGGGAGACCGUCUCCGUGCUGGACUCCGCGGCGCUCACGCCCGCCUCCACGCCCAGCCCCGGGGGCGGCGGGGGCGGAGCCGGGGGAGGGGUGCCCGGGGGUGGAGCCUACGGCCGGCCGCAGACCGGGGUGCCGCCCCCCGGCGCCGCUGGGGGCAGACGCGGCGCCGCCCCCGUCGCCGUGCAGCAGCCGUGCUUCAGUCCCCAGAGGCUCUACCAGGACAACAACCCUUUCCUCAGGCAAUACCCUCGACCAAACGGCAUGCAUCCGUCGCCACGGGGAACCACGUCUGGGGGCGUGAGGGCGGUAGGCAGUGGCGGGGGCGUGGUUGUGAACCCAGCCUACCAGGCCCCCCAGCCACCUCCCCAGCCGCCCCCACAACAGCAGGCUCCCCCGCCGAUGCAGCCGCAGCAGGGCCUGCCUCACCAUCAGUACCACGCUCUGCCCGCACACCAGUCCGGCGGCGGCUACACCAGCUACAAUGGCUACCAGCCAGAGGCCGCUGCCGGCUACGGGGGCUACCGCCAGCACCAGCACCAGCACCAGCAGCACCAGCAGCCACCCGCGCACCACCAGCAGCACCAGCCGCAGCAGAUGGUGGCCGCCGGCUACCAGCAGCACCACCACAACUACCCCCACCACGACCAGUACACGGCGGCCGCGUACGCCGCCGGGGUCUACGCUGACGGGGGCGGGGCCUACAACCCAGAGAGCGUUCACCACCAGCACCUGGUGCACCACCAGACUGGGCCGGAGUACUACCACGACGGCAUGCACCACCACCAUCACCACCACCACGCCCACCCGCACCAGCACCACCAGCCGCAGCAACAGCAACAGCAGCACCAGGCCGGCCCCAUCGUGGCGCAGCACCAAUCCUUUGUGCAGCAUCCCCACCACCAGCACCACCAGCUGAACCACGGGCAGCAGCAGCUCGAGUACGCCAAGCACCAGCAGCAGCACCACCACUACUACGAGCACCACCAGCACCAAGGGCACCACCUCGUGCACCAGGGGGGCGACGCUUCCACCAUCCCGUCCAAUUUCGUCUCGUCGCCUGACCCUUUCCCCUUGACCAACGCCAAUUCCAACGGCACUGUCAACGGCACCAACAACAACAACAACAACCCCGGUACACCCAACAACAACAGCAACAACGGCGGCAGCAACCAGACGACGCCCAACGGCGCGCCCCCGACGCCGGCGUCGGCGUCUUCCGCGACGAUCAUGACGCCGCCCACCAGCGUCCACCCCUCGGAGGGCUCCGGAGAGAGUGGCGGCUUCGGCACUGGGGGUGGCGGAGGCGGCUUCCACCAUUUCUACAGCGAACCGCCUCCGGAGAGCAGCAACAGCUCGGCCGAUUUCAACUUCUUGAGCAACCUCGCCAAUGACUUUGCCCCCGAAUACUACCAACUGAGCUGA